AUGGUUUUGUAUGAGAAAUCCCUGGCUCCCAAGGUCAUGUGUGGAACUUCAGUAAUGGUGAUCAAUGCUACACUGAGAGAGGGUGUACAUAAGGUUGUUGAAAUUCGGAAGAAUGCAAGAAUUUGCAAAACUGGUACAGUUGAAGUUCCGUAUCAUCUGGAAUUGGAGGCGAGUAGUUUUGUGAACCCUGCACCAGCAGCGUUUUUUCAAUUGCAAGUGAAGACACCACCAUUGAAAACCCUGACGUCAGUGAAAGGACAAGUGGUUGGUCAAGAAAUGGCAAAGACGGUGUGUGCUAAAGGGAGAGAUGUUGAAGUGAAAAAUAUUACAGUUAGAGAACAGGGUCAUUCUUGUAGAGUUGCGUUGUGGAGAGACCAGUCUUCAAUGGAUGUGAGCAUUGGUGAUUUUCUGGAAGUAACCAAUGUUGUUGUCAAUGAGUUUGAUAAUGAGAGGUAUGUCAACACAACAAGACAGUGUUGUGACGGAGCUGGCCUGUUUAUCUGUCAAGCCCUUAGGUCUGCUUGA